UGACACCAUGCUGAACUGUCGGUGGUCGCUGGCCUAGUGGUCUCGCGAUGUGCUUCCUGCGGUAGUCGUUACUGUGGCAGCAAAAAGGCGUGCAAUGGAUCACGGUGUAAUGGUCUGAAGGACUUCGGGCAAGUGUCAACUACUCGACCAUUUCAAUUGCUUGUUGGAUAUCAAACGGUACGGUUAGGCAGUGCUGUGCGUCGUUUAGUUCAGUGUUCUGGGAAAUUUGAUGUGAGUAAAUUGAACUACAGAUUUGAUUGAAGUGUUCUUGAAAGGAUUGACAGAGAUAACAGUCAAACGUCCCUGAAAGAGGUUUAUUAUAAACGGAGUGUAAUAAACUGUUUCAAUAGAAUAAUGUAUACUAAAACAUUUAUUGAUGAGUGUGUAAAACAUAUACUUUAAUAUUGUGCGUAUCGUUGUUAAUUCCACACAAAAGUGACAAUAUUCGGUUCUCUCCAAUUGGUAGAAUAAUCAAAAUAUGGUUGAGCCAGCCCUUAAGAUCGCGAACGGUCCUGGUGCCCUCUGCAAGGUGUGCGGAGAUCGGGCAUCGGGAAAACAUUACGGCGUACCCUCGUGCGACGGUUGUCGGGGAUUUUUCAAACGGAGCAUCAGAAGGUACAACUUAAACCUGGAAUACGUGUGCAAGGAGGGUGGCAAGUGUGUCGUUGAUGUCUCCAGGAGAAAUCAGUGCCAGGCGUGUCGGUUCGCAAAGUGUCUCCAGGCGAACAUGCGUCGAGAAGCUGUACAGCACGAGCGUGCUCCCCGCAACUGUGCGCCUUUUAGCGCUAUCAACGGCAUAAAUCCAUCCGAUUUCUACGCUUCCCGUCCUUUCACAAUUCCUCAGACAAAUCUCUUCUUUCCCCUUCCCCUUCACAUAACUGCUUCGUCAGCGUUCACCCCCAUGGAUCAGACCCGGUACAUGCAGCAUUACGGGGGAACAACGAUGUUCGAUCACUUCCCGCCGACGGCAUUUGGUGCAUCCGCAAUUCCAUCGGUACCGAAUCUCAAACCAUCAGCGGACAAAAGCCUCUCGGAAACGAUAUUUAGCAAAAUCACCGGCGACAUGACACCGUUGCAAUCGCCACCCGUGCACUCUAUCAGCUCCAUCCUCAAUUCCGGCUCAGUUGUCGCCAAAGAGAACGAAGUGAGCAGCUCCGAGGAAAGUGUCGGCCUUCCAUCAGCACCAAGUGCGACGAACGAAAAAACGGAAUCCGAUAUUCUUUUCGAAACGGCAGCCAAGUUACUGUUUCUGGCAGUCAAAUGGGCCAAAUCAGUGCCAUCAUUUCUUCAGCUGCCUGUCACAGAUCAAAAGGUAUUGCUAGAGGAAUCCUGGGCCGAGCUUUUUGUUAUCACGUCCGCACAAUGGGGAUUGCCGAUUGAUGCAGAAUUUAUCGCCCGCAACCCAUCAGCAUGCCGUCUACAAGCAGCCAUUCAGCAGUUUACUGCAGCAAGAGUGGACUAUCGUGAGGCAGCCUGCCUGAAGGCCCUGAUCCUGUUUCGUUCCGACCAUCCUAAUCUGUAUUCGACACACGAGAUUCUCCUACUACAGGAUCAAACCAUUGGUCUGUUGCAUGAAAAAUGCGGUGGAGUUAGACUAGGUCAUCUUUUGCUGCUAUUACCUAGCAUCAAAUCUGCAGCGAAUCCGAAACUUUUGCAAGAAAUGUUGUUCCGAAAAACUGUAGGUGAAGUAGCCAUCGAACGAUUGCUACUAGAUUUGAUGAAAACAUGAAGACCCGUAGUAGCGUAAAGUGUAAAGUAAGACUUCAAGUAUCACACUAGUCAUAUUGCAGUAGCCGUUGAAUGUGAUUUUAUUAGGCUUAAUAAAAAUUGCU